ACACUCAGCUCUGCCCCUGACAUGCCCAUGUGUGCCCCGCGCAUACCCUAGAUUAUGCUCCCAUGCGUGGCUGGGCUGCUGUGGCUGGCCCCAGGCGAGGCCUCUGCCUUCUAGGGGACACUGUGCGCUGGAUGGGGCCGGGAUCUCACCACUGCCUCCCUCCAGGCCAACAUCUAGGACCUGUCCCAGAUGCUGAAGAAGAUGCCCCAGUACCAGAAAGAGCUGAACAAGGUGUUUAUAAUGAGGUUGUUUCCCUCUUGGCACAUAUGGAUGACCAAGAUAAGGACAAAAUUGCCCUCAGGAUUGCCUGUAUAGCUGAGACCAAGCUGGCUAUCGUUGUUACCGUUCUGCUAGAAAAAUUGCAACAGGAUGAGCAAAACAGAGUAGACAUUUACUGUGUCCUGGAGAAGGCAUUACAGCAGGACACCGGGAGCCUAGAGAGAAGGCUAGUGAACAAAAUAAUAACCCUAGCCUUUGACCAGAUGAGAGAGAGUCAGCAAGUAACAAAUGAACUUAAAGUGGCAGCUAGUAACACCUUAGUGACGCUGGCUCGCUGCUAUUUCAGUAAUGUGAUGUGUGAGCUGCACUGUCAUCUGGAACCACCGCAGCUGCCUGAAGAGUUUAUUUUAGUUACACUGCGCAACCUGUCAUCAGCCUAUGCGCUUAAGUGUGUCCCUUUUAUUGUCCUGACCCUGCUCUUCAUGUCCUACAUGCGGAAGUUAGUCAAGGGCGGCAGGAUGAGACAAGCAUUUUGUGGUGUUCUGGAAGAAUGCUCAAGGGCAGUAAAUUUCUAUUUGAGUAACUGGGAUAAGUGCUCAUUCCCCAGAAUGAGUGCAUCGCAAUUCUGCUAUCGAUUUCUUCCCUUAUAUUCUCAUGUGACCAGCAACUGGCUGACCUGUGAGGAGCCUGAGCUCAAGCAGGCCAUCAUCAAAGCCCUUGGUCCCAUUAUGAGUCUCCUGCUACACCAAGAGGAGUAUCAGGAUCAGAUAUUUGAACUGAUCUCAUGGCUCCUUGAGCAAUAUAAGGAGGAUGCUCAUGUUUUUCACAUCACCAAGAGUCUGAGCCAGCUCUUGGAGGUCUCUGGUGAAUAUAAGAUCCCUCUCCCUAAGAGGAAGUUUCAAGCCAUCUGCAGUGCUCUGCACAACCAGAUCUGUUCUCAAGCUAAGCCGCUCAGCCUGGAACAUCACACAGAGCUGGUCUACUGUAUAGUUCAGCUAGCCCGUUCUUCUCCAGAGGAUCUGAUAGCCUUUCUGCGCUCGCAACUGAAGGUUGAGAAUGAGGCUGUUCGUGUGGCAUCUCUGAAUCUGCUCAGAGCUAUUGUUGGUGCUGACUUGCCCGAGACAAGACUGAAAAAGUUUCUGAUUGUGAAGGCAGUGAAAUCCACUCUGGGUGAUCAGAAUGCUACGGUGAGGACGGCAGUUCUUCAUUUCAUCCGGAGGCUGCUCAGCUCAGAAAGUGUGGAGAAUUGUGCAGCGUGGGAGAUGGUAGCACAUGUUUUCAGGGAGUUCAGUGUAUCCACCAGCAAACUGGCUAUUCAGGAAGAAAACACUAUCCAAACCCUGUGCAUUGACAUCCUGCAAUGUCUGGACACCUCAGUCACUGGAAUGACCCAAGUGCUAUGGCCAAGGCUUCUAGAAUAUGUGGUGCCAGCUCAGUACACUGGUACUCUGAAGCCUCUCUGCAGAUGCCUUAGGGAAGUGGCUGAGAAAAAGCAGCAGGAAGGAGAAGAAGCUGCUUGCCUCGACUACGGUGGACCAGUGAAACUCCCUACACCCCAGGGGCUGCUGGCACGACUCCUGGUAGUAGCCUCAUCCCCUUAUGCAGGAGAAGGACACGGAUGUGCUGCCUUGCAGUUACUACAGGCCCUGCACCAAAAUAUCCAUGCGGCAGUGGGUGAGAUGUGGGUAGUAAAGAUCCCAUCUCUGGUGCAGUACAUUGAAGGAAACACAGAGAAUUCCCUGGACUGUGUGCGGUGGGAGCACAUGCUGCUUCAGUUCCUAGGAACAUCUCUGGAGAUGAUAGACGACAGUGCCUGGAGCAGGCAGAUAAGCCUUGAGUUGAGCCAGCAGAUGGCCAGCUAUACCAGCCCCUCCCAUGAGAAGAGUUUCCUGUAUAAGGCGCUAGGAACAUCCUUAGCAGUUUGUCAGGACCUGGUCCACGUUAAAUCACAGCUUCAUCAAUUUUUGACAACAACAGAUUAUAUGGAAGUCCCUGAGAGACAGGGAGUCAUUUCCAUCCUUGCAUUCUCUGCUGAGAGCCAUCUGGACCUCACCUUGAACGCACUUCAGGAAUUUGGGGCUGCAAUGAACAAGGUUAAGGUUUCUGGGUUCGUCAGCCGCCUGAAGGACUACCACCAUGGGAAAAGAGGCAAGACUCACAGCACCCUGAUGCUGACAUACAGCAGCGUGGCUGUCCAUGCUCCAAAAGACCAGCUUCUUUCCCGAGUAGAGGCAGACAUCACAGGGAACAUCCUUCUCCAUUACAGAGCCAGUUGUCAGGUGCUGGGCAUCACUGUUGCGAACAAGGACAUGUACCUAAAAUUAACCCUCAUCCACAAUGUCAUGGAGAUUAGCUGUGCCAUCUUGGAGACCAGAGACUCCCAGGAGUUUGAAUUCUCUUACAAACUGGAGCUCCUUGGCUACAUGCUGGACUUCAUUAAAAAGGAACCACUGGAUUCCCUGGCAUCUCCAGUUCGCUACAAGGCAAUUCUUGCCAUUGGACAUCUGAGCAAACUGAAACCAUCUCUGACCUUGGAGGAAAACCGUGAGCUCCUUGAUCAGUGCUUCAAAAGUUUAUUUCCCCUUCCUCCCUUGGAGAUGAUGAAAAAGGAAGGCGAGACAGCAAAGGAUGCUCUGCUUAUACAAUCACUCUACGUGAGGUCCUUGGAAGCCCUUGGCAAGCUAACGGAGACUUUGCUGGAGGGAGAACCAACCGCAGACUGGUUCCAGGAAAUGUUUGAACUCCUAGUGACAUGGUUCAGUUCAGGGAAGGAGUGGGAGAGAGAAAGAGCCUUUCAGGCCACCACCCAGCUGCUGACUGCCUAUCAAGAGACAGUUCAUAGCACAACUCAGGAAACUUUUAAUCAGUUUGGAUCUCUGAUUGGACAAAUAGCACCAUACAGCUGUGAUUCACUGGCCACGUCCCGUCAGUGGGUGGUUGACUGUAUCAGUUGCCUUCUCAGUAUGCAAGGCCAGCCCAUGAACCUCGGGUCAGUGGAGGAGGAGCUGAGCUGUCUCCGUGAAGAACUAACAACAGCUCCAGACCCUGAGGCUCUGUUUCAGGCAUCUUCCAAAAUGGCCAGGAUUGUUAGUGAGUACUUCCCUUCCGAACAGGCUGCAGACUUUAUUGAGGCCACAAUGGACAGUAUGCUGUCUGCUAACCCCACCUGUGCCACGGCAGCUGGGCUAUGGAUGAAGAUCAUCCUAAAGGAGUGUGGAGAUGCCAUGCUGGACCAGGUGCCAGCUAUUCUGAAUAUAAUAUAUAGCCACAUGCUUAGUAUCAAGGAGGCCAGCUUGAGGCAGUUCCUUCUGGAGGCAGUGUCCAUUCUAGCUCAUCAUCAUCUAGAGGCAGUGAUCUCCAGCCUCCUCAGAAAACGUCUGCCGAUGAACCGUGACACCACUGAACUGUGGAGAUCUCUGGGGGAAGACCCCUUGCUUGCCACUCAAGUCCUACAGGUCCUAAUAGAAAAAAUAAAGACUUCAACAAGCCAAGAAGGAAGCGUCACCUCAGAGACUGAAACUGACAGGCAUUUGGCAGCUGCUGAACCUCUCUCAGCAACAUGUGCCAUCUUUCAGGUGGUGUCAGCAUUGCAGUCGAGCAAAGCCGUGCAGGAGCUGAUCCCAGAGUUGUUUCCUGUUCUCCUGCAGCAGGUCAGCCGAACCUUAGGCCAAAAGAUGCCUUUGCCAGUGAUCAGCAGCCCGAGCCUAGGCCAAAGAGACCGACAACAUACUGAAGGCAACCCUUGCCGGUUUUCUGUCCAAGCAUUAGAAUCUGUGCUUUUCAAAGUUGGGAAUGCGAGACUGAUGAGAGAACUCAGGGAGCAGAGAACGUGGAUUCUGCUUGAAAACCCCCAGACUCACCAUGAGGGAGUGUGUCUGCUGGUGAGUGUUCUGCUAAGAUCUGAACUAGUAACACCUGAGAUCAUCCAGAACCUCCUCCCCUGGGUGAAUUCCCCGACAGAAAACUACCGAGUCACGGGCACAGCUUUCCUUGCCCAGCUAAUGAGUGAUCCCAUGCUCAGGGAGAAGAAGUUCCUUAAGAGUGUCUUACACAUCUUGGAAGAAAGGUCACAGGAUAGGAACAGCAUUGUCCGUCAGAUGGCUGUAAGAGGCCUGGGAAAUAUAGUCGAUGGGGCGCCUGAGAAGGUGAAAAAGCACAAGAAGUUUCUUCUGGACAUACUGAUCGGGGCCUUACAUGACAUUUUCAGUUCUGAAGUCAUUGGCGAGAGCAUGAAAGCACUGGCCAAAGUCCUGAAGGAGCUGAAAGAGAAGGACAUCGGUUCUUCCUUCAGAGACCUCACCCAACAGAUCCGGACCUGCUUUGACGAUGAGGAUGAUGCCCUUCGCUCAAUGGCCUUUGUCCUAUUUGGCAUCCUGGCUCAGUUGACAAAGAAAAAAUGGAAGGCCUAUUUCACCGAGCAGGUUCGAAAGAGCUGGGUCACACUUCUGCUGCACCUGCAAGACCCAAACCCCCAGGUUUCAAUGAAAUGCAGAGCUACGUUUCACCUCUGUUUCCCGUUUUUGGGACUGAAGAGAUUCCAGCAUGCGAUUAAUAAGCACCUUGGUGGCACAGACGAGCUGAAGCCUACAGAGCUCCAGGAGGACAUUUGCAGACACCUUGCCAAAGAGAAUGCAGCACUGCUGGAGAACUUAUACAAAACCACCCUCACGUACUUCUACAGCAGCUGGGAAGGGAUCCGGGCAGCUGCCGCCAAGUUAGCUGGCUUCAUCCGGGAACACACAGACAUGCAGCGUAUGAAAUGGCUGGACCUGGAAUAUCUGCUGAUGUCUCUCCGGGUCCUAGAGAAAGACCCAAGUUCCACUGUCCAGCUGGUGGCAACUGAGAUCAUAAGUGACAUCUGUUCUGGUCGAGUGCUUGAGGAAUGAAGCGGAACAGAGACAAACAGAACAAGGCACUCCAGUAGUAUAAGGGCCCUACCAUUAAUCAAAUGUUAAACCCACCCCUUGACUCAAUAAGCCCUGCCCACCAGUCAUCGGAAGCCCCAACCCAUGGGGUAUUACUUCUGGGGCCAAGGCGGACACAUGAAGGAAGCAAGAUGUGUCAUGUGACCCCUCUAAGAACUCCUCCCACUGUCCUCUACCAAUCAGGAUGGGUUUCACCCUGAUAGGAAUGCCCCGAGAGAAGAUUUGACCAAUCAGGGGGAGUUCCGGGGCAGGUGACCUGUCCAGAAGUGAUUUGUGUGACCCCUCUAAGAACUCCUCCCACUGCCGUCUACUGAUCAGGAGGGGUUUCAGCCACUGGGGAUCACUCCAAGAGGAGAUUUGACCAACUGAGGGGAAUUCUGGGGUGGGGUGACCCGUCCGGAAGUGCUUCAUGUGACCCCUCUAAGAACUCCUCCCACCACCCUUUACCAAUUGCGAUGGGUUUCAGCGGCAGAGGAUUGCCCCAAGAGGAGAGUUGACCAAAAUAGGGUAGGUUCUCGGAAGGAGUGAACCGUCUAGAAGAGGGUCGUGUGACCCCUCUAAGAACUCCUUCCAAUGCCCUCUGCCAGUCGGGGUGCAGCACCAUCACCCCAUAAGUCCCAGCGCUGGGCAGAGGAGGCCAUCUCUUACCAUGAAGACGUGUUGUAUGAAUUGUGGAAAGGCUGAGAGGAGACAUGGACUCCUUUACCACCCCCCUGAGAACUUCGGACUUUGUUUUAGCCCUGAGGACCUUUGGGCUUGUAUGGAUAAAGCGCUAUAGCAGUGACAGUUCCGAGGAGGGCCCUUUGACUCGACCAUUGAUAGAUACCUCGGAACCCGACCCAGAACUCUCGUGACAGGGCCGGCUCCAGACACCAGCCCACCAAGCACAUGCUUGGGGCAGCACCUUCGGACGGGGCGACACUUGGGGUGCUGGCUGUGUAUCACACAAACAAGGUCAUAUGUAAAUAACCCAGCUCCAGAUUUUGUAUAUACUGUGUACACAUUUCCUAUUAAACUGUUUGAAGUAUCUGUUUCAA